AUGUCAGACCCACCCAGGCGGUGCCCUAUGCCAAGUCCUCGCCACGCUCCCCACUGGCGUCUAGGACGCGUCCAAAUCCUCGCAACCCUCAUCACCGGCGUCCUCGACGCGUUCAAGUCCUCGCCACUCACCCACCGGUGUCAAAGUCCUGGCCACGCUUCCCCACCAGCGUUCAGGACACGUCCAAGUCCUCGCUGCGAUCCCCACCGACAUUCAGGACGCGUCCAAGUCCUCGCCACGCUCCCCACCGGCGUCCAAGUCCUCACCACGCUCCCCACCGGCGUCCAAGUCCUCGCCACGCUCCCCACUAGCGUCCAAGUCCUCGCCACGCUCCCCACCGGCGUUCAGGACACGUCCAAGUACUCACUACGCUCCCCACCGGCGUUCAGGACGCGUCUAAUCCUCGCCACGCUCCCCACCGGCGUCCAAAUCCUCGCCACGCUCCCCACCGGCGUCCAAGUCCUCGCCACGCUCCCCACUGGCGUCCAAGUCCUCUCCACGCUCCCCACCGGCGUCCAAGUCCUCGCCACGCUCCCCACUGGCGUCCAAGUCCUCACCACGCUCCCCACCGGCGUCCAAGUCCUCGCCACGCUCCCCACCGGCGUCCAGGACGCGUCCAAGUCCCCGCCACGCUCCCCACCGGCGUCCAGGACGCGUCCGAGUUCUCUCCACGCUCAUCACCGGCGUCCAGGACGCGUCCAAGUCCUCGCCACGCUCCCCACCGGCGUCCAGGACGCGUCCAAGUCUUCUCCACGCUCCCCACCGGCGUCCAGGACGCGUCCAAGUCUUCACCACGCUCGUCACCGGCGUCCAAGUCCUCGCCACGCUCCCCACCGGCGUCCAAGUCCUCGCCACGCUCCCCACCGGCGUCCAAGUCCUCGCCACGCUCCCCACCGGCGUCCAGGACGCGUCCAAGUCCCCGCCACGCUCCCCACCGGCGUCCAGGACGCGUCCGAGUCCUCUCCACGCUCAUCACCGGCGUCCAGGACGCGUCCAAGUCCUCUCCACGCUCCCCACCGGUGUCCAGGACGCGUCCAAGUCCUCUCCACGCUCCCCACCGGUGUCCAGGACGCGUCCAAGUCCUCGCCACGCUCCCCACCGGUGUCCAGGACGCGUCCAAGUCCUCUCCACGCUCCCCACCGGCGUCCAGGACGCGUCCAAGUCCCCGCCACGCUCCCCACCGGCGUCCAGGACGCGUCCGAGUUCUCUCCACGCUCAUCACCGGCGUCCAGGACGCGUCCAAGUCCUCUCCACGCUCCCCACCGGCGUCCAGGACGCGUCCAAGUCUUCACCACGCUCAUCACCGGCGUCCAAGUCCUCGCCACGCUCCCCACCGGCGUCCAAGUCCUCGCCACGCUCCCCACCGGCGUCCAGGACGCGUCCAAGUCCUCGCCACGCUCCCCACCGGCGUCCAGGACGCGUUCAAGUCUUCACCACGCUCCCCACCGGCGUCCAAGUCCUCGCCACGCUCCCCACCGGCGUCCAGGACGCGUCCAAGUCUUCACUACGCUCCCCACCGGCGUCCAAGUCCUCGCCACGCUCCCCACCGGCGUCCAAGUCCCCGCCACGCUCCCCACCGGCGUCUAA